AUGCCGCGCAUUCCACAGACCGUCCAAAUUGGUUUUGGCACUAUGCGUAACAUCUGCCCAACAUUUGGCUCGCGUUAUAUUUCGCAAAGGUCGCCUGCACGGUCCUCGUGUUACCAGCGCAUCAAUGAAUCGUUUUUUCAGCACAUCGUUACUUCCUCUGCGCUGCCGUCUCCGCCAGCUUUUCUAAUAGAGUACAGUGAUAUAUCGGAAGUGAUAUACAUCGGGAAAUGGAAAUUGCAGGAGGACAUGGUGUGUCUCUCCUGCACCGCAACUGGCGAAAGGGUUUGCCUCGCAGCCGAGGGGUUUGGUAAUCGACACUGUUUCCUUGAGAACAUCGCAGACAAGAACAUACCACCUGACCUGUCGCAAUGCGUAUUCGUAAUAGAACAGGCUCUCUCGGUGAGAGCUCUGCAGGAAUUGGUUACCGCUGCCGGUUCCGAGACGGCGAAGCUUGCUGGUGGACUGUGCAUCCAGCGUCGAAACAGAGGUCAGAGGGUGAGAAGGUCCGAGUCGGUGAUGACCUUAUUCUGGUAUCUGUGGCCACCGAGAGAUACUUAGUAAGCAACAUGAAUGAAAAGCAAUCACAUUUCUAUUUUAGUGUCCUAAUAAUCCUUCCUCAGCCCGGCAGUGCACAUGUGGUACUUGUGCAGGGUGUUUGCGAACAAUCAGUAAGAAGUAACAUUUAUUGUAACGUUAUUAUCAUUAUUCGUAUGCAAUAAUACAAAUGUAACAUUUGUUAUGUUAUACGAAUACAUUUCGUGUUCGUUUACAAAAUCAAAAUUAAUGUUAACUUCGUUUUAGAGAGUUCUCAAGAAACGAUGUGUGCUGCUGGAUUAA